AACUCCUCUUGAAAUUCAGAUUAUCCUUUGGGGAGUCUAAUUAAUGUAAAUCUUUUCUUGGGAGGAUUUUAGCGUAUUCAAUUGACCCCCACAGACACAAGUACGAUGCGCUGCAGCUUAACUUGGAGAAAAUUUGAUCCGGGGAACCCCAUUUGUACCGACCUCGUACACCCAACAGGGCACCAAAACAAUACAAAGAGAUUGAAAAGUGCCCCCACAUUAACUCAUUUUUGUAUUCAACAAAUAGGCAUGAUCAUACAAUAUAAGAAACGGCAAAAGGAAAGGAAAAAGCUCAAAUCUCGUCAUGUUUGUUUAUUAUUCCCCCAGGAUAAAUUCCAAACAGCGAGCAAUCAGGUUAUUCCAGGAAACCUAAUUUUUCCAUGGGUGUUUUUCCAGCACGGCGAAUUAUCCCGAUUACAGCUGAAUAAAUUCUUCGUAGUUGAGAAGGGUUAUUGGAUUAAUUACAACACCGCGAACUUGAUGACUAUGGGCAACCUAACCUUAGAAUGACAGUUCGCAGUGUCUAAAUACGUAGAGUGGGCCCUCUUGACUUCGGGGGAUCUAUCUACUCUUUGGGAACUUUUAGGCCGUCUCACACUUCUGUACACCAAAC